AUGUCGGCCGUGGCGUGGGCUGCGGGCUCGGCGGUCGCGAGGCCUCGGGGUGGCGGCGACGUCGGCGGCCAGUUCCAAUGGCUGGCAGAGGGUGCGGAAGUGGGAAGCGCAAGGCUUGAAUCACUCAGUGGGAGGAGAAGCAAAAAGGGGCGGAGAAAGGGCCACUCGCCUCCUCCACAGAGAACAAGAACCGCGACCGCAGCGCUGCUCCCCCGGCACUUCGUCUCCAUCCCCUCGCUGCCCCUACCCCGUGAGCUCUCGCGAGAGCGGCGCGCGCCCACCCUGCCCCUCCCGUUGCGACCCCGGGUCCCCUACUUUCUGGACACCUUUGCAGCCCCGGGCCACGCCCCGUAUGUGUGCUGGGGCCACCCGUUUAGUCGAGGCCAGUCCACCCGGUUGGGGGUCGUGGCAGAGUCCUCCGAGCUACUUAGCUGGGUUUCAGCGGCCAGGAAGGAAAUUGGCUGCAACUCUGGGAUGACAGAGUCCUGCAGUGAGGGAUGGAAUUGCCACCAGAGUUCUGCCCACUGUAGAGUUGACAGCUGUGCAAAGUCUGGGGAGAGCUCUGAACAGGAGAUAAGAAUGCAGGACACCUCAGUUUAUGACAACGUUCUAAGUUUCCUAUCAAAGCUAGAAGUAUUCAAACAACUUAGAAGGGGCUAGACUAGAACGGCCCUUUUGCCCCUCACGUCACAAGACUGUGGAGAAAGUGCAGAGCGUCGGUAGAUAUCCGUUCCAGGGCUCAGCCCUCCAGAGAAGGAAGCCUCGUCCUCUUCAGGCCUCAGUUUCCACCAAGUGAAAGAAUAACC